AUGUCGGUCGAUCCGACGGUUCAGGAACAAGCUAAAGCUGAAAUAUUGCAAUCACUGAAUCUGAGUAUAUUCAGUAUGCGGCAAUUCGGACUAUCGUUUGAUAAACCUCCAAACAGACGGGCGUUCAUAAGGCAAAAGCUUAUACUGUAUUUGUGCUUUUUCGGUAUUUCCUACCACAUCUUUAGCGACAUAGUCAAUAUUGGAGUCACACUGGCAACCACGCCGCGUGUAGAAUUUGUGGUGCCUCUUUUCCAUACUUUCGGUUACGGAGCGCUCAGUAGCUUCAAGCUGUGGUCGGUGUGGUACAAGAAGGACGUGUUCGAGCAGCGCAUCGCGGACCUGGUGGACAUCUGGCCGGUGCCGCCGCUGGCGCCCGAGCUGCAAGCCAUCAAGGACAAGAGCCUCCUGGCACUGCGCAUCGCACACAGAUUUUUCUUCGGGCUGAACGUCUCUGCGGUGUGGAUCUUCAACUUGACUCCGGUGAUGAUCUACGUGUACGAGAGCUGGUGGCAGGGCCGGCCCGACGCCGUGGUGGGCUUCCCCUGGACCUGCUGGUACCCCUUCGACAAGUGGGACCCCACCAACCACGUCUUUGUGUACCUCUUCGAGAUCCUCUCAGGAGUGACGUGCGUGUGGGCCAUGUCAGCGUCAGACCUGAUGCUGACGGGCAUGGCGAGCCACAUCUGCAUGCUGCUGCGCAUCCUGCACCAGCGCCUCACCAGCCUCGCCGCCCGCGACCAGCCGCCGCCCGACCACUACCGCGAUAUCGUCAGCUGCAUAAAGCUGCAUCAGAGGCUUAUUGUAUACUGUAAUGAUUUGGAGGAAGCAUUUUCAAUUGUGAAUCUUGUGAAUAUCGUUCUCAGCUCUAUAAAUAUAUGCUGCGUUGUAUUUGUAAUCGUGCUGCUUGAGCCACUGAGUGCCCUCAGCAACAAGAUGUUCCUCGGAGCGGCGCUCAUCCAGGUGGGCGUGAUCUGCUGGUACGCGGAUGACAUCUACCAUGCCAACUCGGCGGUGGCGGCAGCGGCAUACAGCUGCCAGUGGCACAAGACCAGCCCCAGCUGCCAGAGAGCGCUCAUGUUUCUUAUCAAGAGGUCCCAAAAACCGAUUGCCUUGACUGCUAUGAACUUCACAAAUAUUAAUUUGACUACUUUUUCAUCGAUACUCUACAAAUCAUAUUCUUAUUUUGCUCUACUGUACACAAUGUACAAGGAAAACUAA